GGCGUGGUGACGUAUGCGUGCUGACGUCACGCGCAGCGCGUGACCCCUCCCCCCGCACCCGGAAGCGCGGAGCGGCUGCCGGUGCCGCUCCCGGUGCCGCCGCUCACGGCAUGUGAAGCGGCCGGGCCGCUCUCCUAGGCUGCGAUGGAGCCCACAGCCUCGCAGGUGUUCUGCGGGCGGGUGCUGGGCAUGGUCAAUGCUGAGGAUGUCAAUGCCAUCAUCCUGGCCCAGAAAAACAUGCUGGAUCGGUUCGAGAAGACCAAUGAGAUGCUCCUCAACUUCAACAACCUCUCCAGCGUCCGGAUGCAGCAGAUGAGCGAGCGCUUCCUCCACCACACCAAGACGUUGGUGGAGAUGAAGAAGGACCUGGACAGCAUCUUCCGGAGGAUCCGGACGCUGAAAGGGAAGCUGGCCAAGCAGUACCCGGAGGCCUUCAGCAACAUCCAUGAAUCUCCCAUCCUGGAAGAUGACGAUGACUUUGACCCUGUCCCGAAGAGCACGACAACCACCAUCGCUACCUCUGAGCAGAGCACAGAGUCCUGUGACACCAGCCCGGACAUCAUCUCUCCCACCACGAGCCAGGAUUUUGAGGAUCUAUCCCAAGGGCAGUACGAUUUGCCAGCCGUGAAUGGACAGAGUCUGACAGACGAAGACACGGCCAACGACCUGGACUAGGACAGGGGGUCCUGCGCCGCUCCCUGGCCUCAAGGACUUUCUAUCCCGUAUUUAUAUUCGUGGUCUCUUUUCUCGGGACGAGAGAAGCGAAGGUUGCUGGAAGUGAUGGCCGAGUGAAAAAGGGUCCCUUCUGCCUCCAAACUGCCACCGUAGCACGAACUCCGCAGCUCACGUCGGGGUGAAUCAGUAAAACGUGGGUUUGAAACA